AUGAGGUUCUCGACUGUAUCCGCCGUCGUGGUGGCUCUUGCCGCUCAGGCCACAGCCAACAGCUGGUUCGGUAAACCCGUGUAUAACAAGUGGCACGAGACUGAGCUCGAGCGAUGGCUGUCUGACAAUAACGUCCCCUAUCCUACGCCCUCGGACCGCAAGGAUCUCGAGAACUUGGUCAAGGACAACUGGAACGAUAAGGUUGUCACGCCCUACAACAGCUGGGAUACCCAGACGCUGCAGAACUACCUGACCCUUAAGGGCCAGCAGGCAAAGAAGGGCACCGAGAAGGACGCGAAGUCGCUCGCCGAGCAGGUCAAGGUUUACUGGACCGAGACAGAGGAUUCGGCCAACCAGGCCUAUGGUAGCGUCAAGGACUGGAUUUUUGACACCUGGACCGACUCUCAGUUGAAGGCCUUUGCCGACAAGCAUGGCAUCCCCGUUCCCCAGCCCCGCCAGCGCGACUCCCUCCUCAAGGCUGUGCGCGAGAACUACCAGUCCACUGCCAACAAGGUCUCGGAGACCGUCAACUACCCCGGUGACUGGCUCUACGAAUCUUGGUCCGAUUCUGACUUGAAGUCCUGGUUCGAUGAACGUGGCUACCCUGUUCCCCAGCCUUCUGCUCGUGACAGCCUCAUUGCCAACAUCCGUCGUCAAUCUCGCAUCGCUAGUCUAAACCUCCAGGGCGCCUACGCUCAAGCUUCUUCUUCCGCCGCGGCUGCUCAACAGAGCCUCAGCGAUGCUCUCCUCGACUCCUGGUCCGACAGCCAGAUCAAGGAAUGGGCCGAUAAGAAUGGCAUCAAGGUUCCCCAGGGCUCCAAGCGCAACGAACUCCUUGCCCUCGCCCGCAAGCACCGUGCCCGUCUCUAUGGUGACAGCGCUUCUGCUACUGCUGAGAGCGCUUACGGUGCUGCUACUUCCAAGGCUGGCAACCAGUACGUGGCUGCUACUGAUGGUUUUGCCGGAUACACCAACUGGAUCAAGGCUCAAUUUGGUAUCGCCACUGAUGCUGCUGCUGCAUCCGCCUCAAGCGCCACAGGUAGCGCUGCCAAGAGUGCUUCCAGCGUCUCCUCAUCCAUUUCCAAGUCUGCCGCCAGCGCCUCCUCUUCUGCUUCCAAAUCCAACGCUUCUGCCUCCAAGUCUGCUCAGAGCGCGUACGACCAAGCUGCUUCUAGCGCGGCCUCCGCCACCGACCGCGUCAAGGAAGAGUUGUAA